CCGAAACGAUCCAAUCAUAGUAAAAGUAGGUAAAGGAAGCGCGUCCCCGUCGGCUGUGUUGCUCUACGGUGUGGAGAGAGCGCAUCUUGUGUUCGGUAUAUCUUAAUAAUACAGCCUAACAGACAUCUUCAAAAUGUCCGAAGACAAGCCCAAGGAAGGAGUGAAGACCGAGAACGACCACAUCAAUCUCAAAGUGGCAGGGCAAGAUGGCUCAGUUGUCCAGUUCAAAAUUAAAAGGCACACACCUCUCAGCAAAUUAAUGAAAGCGUAUUGUGAGAGACAGGGUUUGUCAAUAAGACAGAUUAGAUUUAGGUUUGACGGGCAGCCAAUAAAUGAGACAGACACACCGGCGCAGUUGGAGAUGGAGGACGAGGACACGAUCGAUGUAUUUCAGCAACAAACUGGGGGCGUCUGCUAAAACUCCACACCACCCGGACCCCGCGCCUAUCUAUUUUAUUCCUCAUGUUUUCAUCCAAACGUUUUCACAUUAUUCCACCCCCCUCUUUGUCUCUCAUCUGUCAACUCUAGCUUUCCUCGAGCGGGCAUCAAAAUGUGUUUCCAGUAAUCAAUAUUUAUACGCAUGAAUUAGACAGCUACUUUGGUGGGGAAACUCAAGAUGGCUGCCGGGGGUGCAGUUGUUAUGAUUGUCCACAAGCCCCAUCAGCUACCUGUUUUGGGCUCCACAUUGGUCUGAACACUGAUCCGCAAGCCCCCGGAUUGAUCGAACAGGGAACCGUUGACCCCCAUAGUUAUUUUGCCUGAUAAAAGGAGGGGAAGUUUAUUUUUUCCUCAAAUUUUUAAGAGCUUUAAGUAGGGCUGUUUCAACUCGGAUUCUGUUUGUAUGUUGUAGAAAUAUGUUCGACCAGUGUUGUAUUCAUCUGCCUUUUUAAUUGGGGCUGCUUCUCAUAUGGACUCACUGCGUGGGUGGGAGGGUCUGUUCUUAUUGGCCAAUUGAAACUAAAGACACAAUUUAUAGCGACACCUUCUGGACCAAAUCCCAAAGGUACUCGGAUUGGCUGACUUGGGGGCGAGAUUAUACCGACUAGUUUAUACUUUUAAAUGUCUGUAGAAAUAUAUCCACUUAGCAUUCCCAUAUCCUCAUCUUGAUUGAGGGGGCAGGAAUGAUGUAAGACCAAUAUAUCUUUUCCUUUUUUUUAAAUCCCCAAAACUGCAACCAGGUCUUGAAGCAAAACAAAAGGGAAUCCUUUAUGGCUUUGUUGUGAGGGACAAACAUCUCUGCAAGGUCUGCUCUUUGAACAUCCCUACUCUAAAUAAGAGGGUUUUAAAGGUUGACACAAAGGUUUCCAGAUGUUGGCAUCCUUCUGUACUGAUUUGUACAUUUUUUGUUGUCCUUUACUACUGUAAACAAUAAAUAUAGUUUGGUACUCA